UCAUUGGUCAGUUGGACCGCCUUGGGUGGAUUCAAAUGGAAAACCGGACCCGUCGUCAAAACCCCGGCCUGACCCAAGUCGCUAACCGCAACCACGCAGCGGCGUUUGGCGGAGUCAGCCGGAGGUUUCCGCCCGCUGGACAUGGAGGAGCGCAAGACGGCAGAGCUCGCAGGCCCGCUGGAGCUCUUCCCUCCCGUCGACUUCUGCUGCGUUUAUGGCUCCGCUCUCCUUCCCAAUAAUAACGACAAGACUUCCAUGGUGGAUUACAUCUUGGGCGUAGCAGAUCCCAUCCAAUGGCACUCGGAAAAUUUGGAAAGGAACAGACAUCACUACUCGAAGUGGAUGGUGCGGCUUGGCCCGAGAGCGAUUAUUCGGGUUGCAGAUGGGAUAGGUGCGGGAGUUCACUUCAAUCCCUUUGUGGAGUGGAGAUACAAGAAAAUAAAGUAUGGAGUGGUGCAAAUGCACAACUUGGCUAUGGAUGUACUGACUUGGGAUAGGUUCUACUUGAGCGGCCGUUUGCAGAAACCUGUUCAUGUUCUUAUUGAUAACUGGGAUGUACAAAAGGUCAACUUGAUUAAUCUGAAGAUGGCAAUUUCUGCUUCACUGCUCCUUUUGCCACCUGAAUUUACUGAGGUUUGGCUUGAAGUUUCAUUCCCCAAAGAAGAUCUAUAUGCUAAAAUUUGUAGUCUCUCAUACAUGGGUGAUAUGCGGAUGCUGUUUGCAGAGGACAAGAAUAAGGUCAAAAAGAUUGUUGAGGGAAGUUUUAAUUUAUUCCAAUCAAUGUAUAAGCCCCUGAUACAAGAGCAUGUGUCUGAUGGGUUGCUGAGCACUUCACCUCAUGGCAAACAGGCAGCAUUUAAACAGGACUUUGGUUUAUCAGCAACAAACUCUCUGUUCUCUUCGCUUCCAUGGAUAGUCCAGAUUCGAAUUAGUGGAAAGCAUGAAAGUGAAUCAGGCAUAAUGACACCCCAGAUUGCUGUUUCUUCAAGAGAAGUGGCUGCUAAGUGUGUCAGGAAAGCUUUGAGAAGUUUAGUUAUGGUUUCAAGUGCCAGGCAAGCAGUGUCUGGUGUACUUGCUGCUGGUGGGGUAAAUGCUGCUCGAUAUCUUGGAAAAAAGAUAUCCAAGGCAUGGAAAUCUAGAACAUGCUGACCGAAGUCCCUUUAUUUACAAAGAGUGUUUUGAUAAUUUUAGCGGUCAUCAAAUAUUGGAUGAAGUUAAAAGGUUAAUGUAGUGGGAACAAAUACAUUAUCAAACAUGUGCACAAUGAAUUUUGAUUUACAUAUUGUAUAUUGGAUGGAAAAAUCAGCGAUUUUGCAAUAAAGGAUUCCAUGGAUUCAGAA